UAAUUUGACUCUCUUGACAACAAAUUCUUCCUGGUCGCUGUGUGGAUCGAUAUGCAAACUGCGAGUACCGGACUGUAAAAGUUGUAACGAUGAUCUUACUCAGUUCUUCCAUAUUGUUGCAUUUCAAGAAAGAAGACGCAUCCAGGAGAAUGGCAGCUUUGAAUUGGAAGCCCUUUGUGUAUGGAGGCCUGGCUUCAGUUACUGCAGAAUGUGGCACUUUCCCAAUUGAUUUGACAAAAACACGUCUCCAAGUACAAGGUCAAAAAAAUGAUGUAAAGCAUAAAGAGAUUCGUUAUCGUGGAAUGGUUCAUGCACUAGUGAAGAUAUUCAGGGAAGAAGGACUGAAAGCAUUGUACUCAGGAAUUGCUCCUGCUAUGCUACGCCAGGCUUCAUAUGGAACCAUAAAAAUAGGUACUUACCAAAGCCUGAAAAGAAUAUUUAUUGAGCGGCCAGAAGAUGAAACCCUGGCAGUGAAUGUAUUAUGUGGAGUUCUGUCUGGUGUGAUUUCAUCAUCUAUUGCUAACCCUACAGAUGUCUUGAAGAUCAGAAUGCAGGCUCAAGGCAGUGUAAUACAAGGGGGAAUGAUUGGAAACUUCAUAAACAUCUAUCAAAAUGAAGGCACCAGAGGAUUGUGGAAGGGAGUGUCUCUUACUGCUCAGAGAGCUGCUGUUGUUGUUGGAGUCGAGCUGCCUGUCUAUGAUCUUACCAAGAAACACAUAAUUAUGUCUGGAUUCAUGGGAGACACGGUGUAUACUCAUUUUCUAGCAAGUUUUACCUGUGGCCUAGUGGGAGCUCUUGCAUCAAAUCCAAUUGAUGUUGUGAGAACACGGAUGAUGAACCAGACAACCUUACGAAGUGGGACACAGUGUGGCUACAAGAAUACUUUCGAUUGCUUGUUUCAGACAUGGAAGAAUGAAGGAUUUUUUGCGUUGUAUAAGGGAUUCUGGCCGAACUGGUUGAGGCUUGGUCCUUGGAAUAUUAUUUUCUUUGUGACAUAUGAACAGCUGAAAAAUCUGGAAUUCUGAUGAACUGUAUAUUAGAGAACUUCAAUCCUUCAUUUGGUGAACUCAGUCUUCAAGUGCUCUUAUUCCACUGUAGGCAGCAGUAUUAACUAAAGAGUCAGUGCAAGAAUGUUAAAACUUUAAAUGUCUCAAGUGUUGUCUCAAGCAUUACUUCAGAUUGAAACAAAGUUUGGCACACAGAAUAAUAUUUUUAAAUGCUCUUGAAUGUCAUUACUGAUAACUUGAUAUGCUGACUGGAGGAGACAUGUCUGGUUGGAAACAAAGUAUGACAAUACUUGGUAUAGAGCUUCUCUCUGGGUUUGCUCCUUGAAAAUGGGCUAAAUGUGUAGCAGUCAGUAGCUAGUGUAUCACACUUUCAAGAAUUUUUGUGUCAUACCAAAGAAUUAUGUAUUGGUAUGAAACACAUUUCACAAAACAUCUUUAUAUUUAGUGUAGGUAUUGCACAGGUAAUGUAUCUAUGUGUGUGUUGCGGGGUAUUUGGGGGUUGAAAACCUCUCCCCCACCCCCGAAAUAUGUCAUUGCAACUUCAUCUUUAAUUCAUGAUUUCAGUCCUUUGUGAAGCUAGUACAACAGUGUCCUAAAACUACACCUACAACACACAAUCCAGAAUUAAGCACUGGGCCUCGCAGCUAGUCUGAUGCAUUUUAAUUUGGGAAUGUCCAACUCUGUGCAACUGUUUCAAAAUAUAUAUGCAUCAUGUGACUAUACAUUUUGGGAAUGUGUGAAUCAACUAUUUCUAAAAAAAACCCCACCAUUGCACUAUGGAAGUUCUGACAAUCAGAUAGGAAUUAUGAAGAGCCAUUUAUUCAUACAAGCCAUCACAAUAUGUUGUAUACAGGUGACGAGUGCCCAUGGACAGCCCUGAAUUUAUCUCAUUUUCUCUAGAAUGUGUCUAGAAACUCUAGGAACAUCUUAAACAUGCACUAUGUUUAACAACCACUAGGAGAGGAAUGUAGUGUCUCUUCCAAAAAAAGUGCCUCAUACAUGGGGCGAUUCCUAUCUGCAUGGCAAUUAGAUGUAGAAAUUGAAUGGCUAGUUGCAUGAGUAUGUGACCUGCAACAGUCCUAUAUUCAUUCCCACGAAUGGUGGUUUCUCAGCAAAAGUAGGGUUUUCAUACAUUCAUUCCUAUACAAAAGUGCUUUCCAUGUAGGAAUGAAAUCGUGUAUGAUAUGGCACUGAGAUCUUAGGGUUGUUCAGAUAAAAAUCCACAAGCGCAAGGAACAUGGAGCUCUAUUGUAGCGGACCCUUUUCACAUUCUCCAUGGUUAGGAAGUCCUUGAGGUUCUGGUCAAGCAGAAAAAGGUGAUAAGAACUAACUUGAGAUUUGCGGAUCUAGGGCAUAUGAGCCACAGCAAUAAAAAUAAAUUUAUAUGGUAAUAUAAAAAAGAAUCACAAAGUUGUCCCUUCUUGGAAUAACAACUUCACCUGAGCUGGUUUGCAUGCCAGGUCAACUACUAAAUCCAGAAGAUAAUAGUAUUUUGUUACACUGUCAUUUUAAGUUCAAUCUUCGGAGAGUUGCAUUGGAGUAGAUGACUAAGAAAGUCAAUAUUUGUACAUAGGGAAUGGAGGUUUUAUGUAUCUAUGUGGAAUUGACGUUGAAAUAAUUUGUAUUGCUUAAUUAUACAUUCCACUUAAAGCAGCGAACAAUUUAUUAGGUAUUUCAGUUUUGUGUUCAGUGUUAAAGAUGCACAAACGCACGCGCCACUUUUAUUUUUUAAUGCUGAAAGGGUCGAAGUGAAGAGGGUUUCUCAUGGGACACUUCGUUUGUUACAAAGAAAUAUGCUCUUUUGUAAAAUAUUUUUGUACAAAUUAUGAAACCAAAGUACCUAUUUUCUGGAAUCCUACUUGAGAACCAGUGAAAAAGUAUAGGAAUAGAUAAUUUAGGGUGUAAUCCUAUGCAUGUUUAGACAAAAAAAAGUCCUACAAUUUCCAGCAUGCCCCAGCCAGCUUGAUUGGGCCCUUAGUUUCCCCCUACACACAAAGAACAAUGGUUUCUGAACCAUCAAAUAUCAAAUCAAUAUUUGAUAAAAUAUUGAUAAAAAUAUUUGAUAAAAAUCAACCAUCAAAUCAAUAUUUUUCCAGUGAUUUCCAUUAUAGUUUCUUGAGCAAAUCUGAAAGAAAAGAUUGAAAUGUUUAGAAUUUACGUAACAAGGUAACGCUAUUGUCAAUCUCAAAAUUUCAACCAAGAGAAUCUAUCCUGCAUUAAUUCAUACCUAGUUUUCAAGGGCACAAACGCUAACUAUGGUGUUACAUUCAUUAGUGACACUCAGGCUUUUCUAUGCCAUGAUGAAACAUUAUGUUAAGAAAGGGGGAGCUGCAUUGACUGUACUUUUCACAAGAGACAACCUUUUUCUAGCAUGUGACUAUGAGUGACUGGAACAGUUCUUUCUCUAUAUCUUUUCUACUUAGCCCUGAAGGUAAGAUUUAGCCGUCUGUACUGGAGGGAACUAUUAGCCCUCAUUCCAAUCACACGUGUGAGGGAUGGAGUGGGCUUGUGCAUGUUAGCCCUGCUUCCAAUCUCUCCAUCGAAGGAGGUUCAGACCUUCUCACAUUUAGCAUUGAGCUCUAAGAAGGGCUUCUGUGCAUAUUCAGCUGAAUGUGCUUAGAAGCCUUUGUGUGAUGAGGUAUCUGCAGAACGCACAUAGAAGCCCCAUUGUGCUGAAUGUGUGAACCUUUGAAGCUCCCUCCUGCAGAGGUGAGGAUGUUGGGGGCAGAACGUUGAAUUACCUGAAGAUGGAUUUUAUGCCUUCUAUAUGGAAAGUGUUUUUUUUCCCCUGUGCUUGAGAGAACCUUUCCUGUCUGCUUCAAGUCGCUGAUAUUGGGCAACAUUUAGAAAUCAAGGCUCUUUUAUUAGCCUGAGAAGUUAAAUUGUAAUUAUAACCAGUGAGUGAUCAUUGCUAUAGGAACUUCCUUCCACAGUUUAGAAGCACUGCUUGAUAGCAGUAUGAGCAGGUUGCUCAAAAACUUUACACGAAGUUAAAUUUAAGAGGCACAUGUGCUGCAUUGAAACACAUUCUUUGCUAAUUAAAUGACAAUUCCUUUUUAUUCUGAGGUUGGUCUAAUCACUAGCACCUAUAAAAUAUUCUACAAAAAUGAAAGCAAUCAUUCUUAUAUAAAAAUUCUUCAAAAUUUGGUUAAUAUAAGUUUAUAAAUAUACUGUACUAUAAAUAUCCAUGUUAUGUUUCUCUUGAAUGUACAUUGCUUGGUUUGUCAGGCUGCUAAUAGUUAUUUUAGUAAUGUUAUUUAUUUGUGAAGUUUCUGUACCAUUCAAAAUAUAUAAGCUUUCAUUGUUUUUGUUGUGUUAAUACUUUAUUUCAACAGUCAAGAAUGUCUUCUGGUUGUUUUUUAAGCACAUGUAGAAAAAUAUUGAAGCUGUUCAUAUUAGACAUGUCUGUUAAUUUCUUCCCAUCAGUGGAAAGAAUAUAUGCACCUGUGACUGCAUGAAAGUACCUGACUGUUUUGUGAAUAUUGUGUGGCAAGUUUGGCUAAAAGGGGUCCCUGAAUGAAAAAGAGAAUACUUUGUAAGCCUAAAAUGUGUGUUUGAGGUGCUACCCAAAAAACACGCGUCUCCUGC